UAUAUACACGCCAGUUGCGAGUUUAUCAUCAAUUGCCAUGGCUUCUGUGUUCUGUAGGUUUCACUCAAUUUCUAGUCGAUUAAUUAAAAAGGGAGAUGGACGUUUUAAAAAGUACUUAACUCCAAAUUGUAUAUCGGUUUUACCAUAUAGAAAUGUAUCAAAAGUGCCAGUUGGAUUUAUUGGACUUGGACAAAUGGGGAGUCACAUGGCUCGGAAUCUCAUCGAAAAGGGCCAUUCUUUAGUAGUGUAUGAUGUUUAUCCUGAGGCAAUGACGAAAUUAGCGGAUCAUGGUGCUAUUAUUGCCCAACACCCAGCAGAAGUAUCAGAAAAAUGUGAUAGAAUAAUAUCUAUGUUACCAUCUAGUCCACACGUACAAGAAGUUUAUACAGGAGAAAAUGGAAUUUUGCAGUAGGAAACUAAAUUAUCAA